UGUGUGGUCAGCUCAGGUGGAACGUCACUCAAAACAAGCACACCCCUUUGUGCUGCUCUGAGGUGUGGAAUAUCGAGUGUGGUUUAAUGGUUUGCGCAUGUGCUAAAACGGGAGGCUGGUGGUGAUGUUUAGUGACAACUACAAAGAAGAGGACAGAAGGGAGACGAGUUCAAAUACAAAGUUUAGUUGUGUCGUUCUUUCAAAGAAAUAAAAUCACAUGUAUUCAUCUUUGGUAAAUUCCGUAUAAACAUUACAAAAAAUAAAUACAAAGGAAACGGCAACUUUGUUUUGUUCUUUUUUUGAGGCAGUUUUUUUUGCACUCUACCGGCGGCGUCUUUCUUUUGCAUAAAGACUAGGCAGUCUCUGCAUGUGUCAGCGUUAAAGAAACACAAGAUUACCGAGCGGGGGGGCUGGCCGGGGCGUGGCUUCACUUGGAGGGCAGCAGGUUGCAUGGUAGGCUGGACUUGAUGCAUGACAUUUGCAUGACUCCAUUCAGUGUCUUUGUGGAUUUUGUCAGUGAACUGAUGCAGACAUGGCUCAAACAGCACGGGUUAAUGGCAGUGUUUCAGAAAAAGAGGGAGGUCUGAAUGUGGAAGAUGACAAGGACUCACCAGCCCCUUACUUUUUGGAAACUCCCUAUGGUUAUCAGCUAGACCUGGACUUUCUGAAGUAUGUGGACGAUAUUGAAAGGGGCAACACCAUCAAGAGGUUAAACAUCCAGAGAAAGCCUAAAGUGGCAAAAUCUGUGACAACACCCAGGAGUGGUGGUGGGCAGACCUGUGAAUGGACAUCGACAGAGUCGUUGUCAUCUUCAUCAAACAGCGAUGACUAUAGGCAGUCCCCAUCUUUCCUCGCCACUAGAAGCCAACCAACUCCUCCUCCAGUGAGGGCAGCUGCUUUACAUGAGGCCUCCCCAGCCUUUCUGAGUGUCCCUGAGGGCAAACUCCUGCCACCUCCUUCCCCGAGGCUUCCCAGACACAACUUUCUUGUGGAGAAAACCUUGAUGGAGACACGAAGACGGUUGGAGCAAGAGAGACUGCUAAUGCAGCCCCCUGCCAAUGAGACCCGCAGGCCUAGGCUUGCCAGUUUGGGGGGAAUGGGAUCGACCGGUUCUCUUUCUUCCUUUACCGGAUCCAGUGGGCACAAUCAGAUCUCCCCAAACCCCCAGCAGCACCUUCACAAUGGGCAUCAAGCCAAUGGAGAAUACAAUCCAUACUUUACCUCCUCCAUAGGAAGCUCUAUCCGUCACAGCCCAAUGAGUUCAGGAAUGACUACCCCAGUCACCAACGUUAGCCCCACACACUUACAACACAUCCGGGAGCAGAUGAUGGUAGCCUUGAAGCGGCUGAAGGAGCUCGAGGAGCAAGUCAAGACUAUCCCAAUUCUGCAAGUAAAGAUCUCUGUGCUGCAGGAGGAGAAGAGACAGCUAACCCAGCAGAUGAAAAACCAAAAACCAUCCAAUCAGAAUACUGGCUGUGCUUUCAGAAAAAGGUCCUACAGUGCUGGGAAUGCUGAUCACCUUGAACAGCUCUCCCAAACUAGAAAGGGAGGGGAGCUACAUAUUGAUUCUGAGGAUGAAAUGGAAAGUCUAGGGCAGAGCUCUCAAAGAAUAGAAGAGUUCAGGCAGCUCACCGCUGAAAUGCAGGCUUUGGAGAGAAAGAUCCAAGACAAUAGCUAUGAUCUACAACCUGGCUUAUCCCAAAAUGUGGAGCAGCAACGGAGUGUGAAAGAACACAAAUCUGUUGCUGUUGGGGCUAAUGAGAACAUGAAUGACAUUGUGAUUUAUCGUAAGUCAUCUAGACAGUGUCAGGAGGUAGCAGUGGGGACCGAGACUGAGACAAGGAGUGCUGGCGUUGGUGUAACAGAGGCUUUGCUGGGCAUGACAACAGAAGCAGAGACAGAAAUUGAGAUGCAGAAUCAGACCAUUGAUGUACUGAAAGACAAAAUUUACAGGUUGGAGGUGCAGUUGAAAGAAACAACCCAUGAAAUGGAAAUGAGCAAGUUGAAAAUGGAGCUUCAGGCAGCGGGAUCAAGAAAGAAAGCUGAUAAGGGGUCAAUGGCUCGACCAGUGGUUUGCAGCACCUCUGUAGAAGCAUCGGUGCAGAUGCAAAGCCAAGCGGUGGGAAAUCACAUUGAUUUCACUGAUUCUUGUGUCGGCAGAGAUUUGCAGACGUCUACUAUUGGAUUUACCUGCAGACCUGAAAUCCAGAAUGCCGCUGUGGGCCCGGAAAUACCCAUGAACCGAUGGAUUGUCCGUGAAAGGGUGGAGACUCAGGAUCAGUGUACCGGGCAGCAUGUUGUAAUGUGUAGCAAGAAUGUGGGAGUGGAAUUGAGUGUUUGUGAAACUGGAGUGAAUACAGAAGAAACUGUGGAUAGUUUAGCCCUUUGCAAAGCUAAGCUCGAACAAGCUAAAGAGUUUAGGUCAAUAGGAUGUGGGGAAUGUUCAGUGGAUGUGACAGUUUGCCCUAUAAAAGAGCUGGUGUCUCUAGACACAAAUACAGAUUAUGUAGAGAGAGUGGAGUUAGGUGUCAUGGCCAUACCUCAGACUUCUUCUCAACAAACAAAUACAGUAAUAGAUUCCAUUAGCAAGUUUACCAACACAGAAACAGCAACUUUCAUGAAUUCCAGCACAAACACAGUGUUAAGCACUUCUGAUAAGCAGACAAGUACAGUACCGACUGAGACUAGAACGGUUGCUGUGGGAGAUGGUAGAGUGAAAGAUGUUCAGUCUGUUAAAAUUCGUUCCAUUGGGGUGGGUACCUUGGUCAGUGGUGAUGCUAUUUUGGAAAAGCCAUAUGCAGUGAAGACCAAAGAUUUUGGUGUAGGGCAGGUUAGUGUCAAUGAAAACUUUUUGGUUGGUCUGAAAACACGCAACAUUGCCUGUGGACCCUCAACUCAGGCACUUUCACCUGCCAAUACCAGAAGUGUCGCAUUGGGUGACAAGGGUGUUCCUGUAACAGGACAGAUCCAGCCAUCUGAACCGGAAAUAGCCUUUGGUUUGGACCACUAUAUUGAGCAGGUACAGAAACUUCUGCAAGAGCAGCAGAUGCUUCUGGCUGAGAACUAUAGUGAACUUGAAGACACAUUCGGGCAGCCUCAUUCCCAGAUUGGUUCCCUCAACUGCCAGCUAAUGAACACAUUAUCAUCUAUAAACACAGUUAUGAAAUGUGCAAGUACUGAGGAAUUAAGAAGCUUGGACAUCUUGAAGCUCUGCCCUGAUACUACAAGUGCCAUAACAGAUAUCGAUCAGUCUUUGCUCAGCAGCACUACCAACACGUGUGUGUCCUCCACGACGCAGUCGGUCAUUCUCGAACAGAAGGUCGAGGCCACACCAGUGGAGCAAGUUACAUCUGUGUCUACAGUGAGCGAGUUAAACACUGGGUCCAAGACCUAUACACCCCAGGAGAAUGUGACAUCUCGAAUGAAUUUGACGGAUCAGCAAAUUACUUCUGCCUUACAUGGGCAGUCUUGUAGUCCAAAUACUCUGAAGUCUAUUAUGAAGAAGAAAGAUGGCAGACAAGGCUCAAAUGGCACAAAGAAGAACUUGCAGUUUGUAGGUGUGAAUGGAGGGUAUGAGACCACAUCAAGUGACGACUCAAGUUCAGAGGAAAGCAGCUCGUCGGAGUCGGAGGAUGAGUGUGAAAGGAAUGAGUAUUUGAAUGAAGGGGUGGCUGGGAGAGCUGAGGAGUUUUGCAAUGAAGGUGCAAUGAAAGUCAAAGGAGAGACUGAAGAGGGAGAUGCUGAGAAGGUGGAGAUUAGAGAGAGGUAUGAGCUGAGUGAGAAGAUGUUGUCGGCAUGCAAUGUAUUGAAAAAUCACCUGAAUGACUCCAAGGUUUUGACUAACAAAGAUGUGAGAGCUUGUCUGAACACGAUUCAGCACGAGUGGUUCCGUGUCUCUAGUCAGAAGUCUGCAGUCCCGGCUAUGGUUGAAGAUUCUCUUUCUGCCUUCAGAGAGGUGUCUGCUGCAGUCCUGCGACACAUAGUCAACAUGGCUGAUGGCAAUGGAAACACAGCCCUCCAUUACAGUGUGUCUCACUCCAAUUUUGAUAUUGUCAGGCUGCUUUUAGAUGCAGAUGUCUGUAACGUAAAUCAGCAGAACAAAGCUGGAUAUACUCCCAUUAUGCUGGCUGCUCUUGCAGCAGUGGAGGCAGAAAAAGACAUGCGGAUAGUUGAGGAACUCUUCAGCAAAGGGGAUGUGAAUGCUAAAGCCAGCCAGGCUGGCCAAACCGCACUAAUGUUAGCAGUGAGCCAUGGGCGAAUGGAUAUGGUGAAAGCUCUGUUGGCAUGUUCCGCUGAUGUCAAUAUUCAGGAUGAUGAGGGGUCCACAGCUGUGAUGUGCGCCAGUGAACAUGGUCAUGUGGAGAUAGUAAAACUCCUGCUGUCUCAGCCUGGAUGUGAUGCUACAUUGACUGACAGUGAUGAGAGUACUGCAUUAUCGAUAGCUAUGGAGGCUGGACACAAGGACAUUGCAGUUCUUCUUUAUGCUCAUGUAAACUUCUCCAAAGCCCAAUCACCAGGCACACCGAGGCUUGGAAGGAAAACGUCUCCUAGCCCAACACGAAGAAGCAUGUUUGAUUAAUAUUCCAAACCUGUCGAUCCCCCACCCCACUCCCCAAGCUGCUAUUGGUUCUUGUUAACCUGGACAGAUACUGAAUGUAGAAAUCAGUUUAAAAAAAAAAAAAAAAAAAAAAAAAAAAGUGCCUGAGCUCACCAGCGUAUUUUAGCAAUAAAAAAGUAUGUAUGUGUGUAAUAUGAAAUUAUCGGCAGCAAUAAGCAAUUGAAGCUUGGUAAUUUAAAUAUUCAGAAAUGCUGCUUUCGUUUCUUCAUUGAACAGUCAGGUCUCUUCCUAGCUCUUCCUCAUUUUAAUCUGCCGUUGACGUUACGUUGUCUCUAUAAUCAAUGUAUUAUGUAAUCUGCCAGUACAGGUUCUGUUACUCUCAAACAAGCCAUAUUGUCAAUGGCAUAUUUAUAUUGCUAAUCUUGCUUUACAUUUAUUUAUUUUUUUUGCUUGUUUUUUAGCAUUAACCCUUUGACCUCUUUCCUUUUAAUUUGAGAUUAAAGACCUAAAUUGAAAUCAUUUUAGUAUAAUCCUGGGGAAAGAUGAACAGGGAAGGUUAAAGGGUUAAAUAAAUCAAAGUGACCCAUUUGUUUGGUCCAAAUUUAUUCUAUAGAAAGAUAUCUCAGAACGAAUAUAGUGUAUAACUUAUGUAAAGAUCAUUUGUAUCUAUUUAAAAAUUGAGUCAGUAUUUUCAAACUGUUUUAUGUAACCCAAUUAAUACAACAUUUACAUGAAGUUGCAUAUUUACUAUCAACCUAUAGUUUAAUUCCUAUAAAUAUUGUAUUUGUCAUUGUGUAUAUAAGUAUAUAUGAUGGCAUUUUUAGUCUAACUGGAGGUGCUCCAUUUGUAAUCACUUCUGUCUUAUGUAAGCUUGUCUUAUGUACAUUUAUGUCCCAGUAUAUUUAAGGUACUUUAGUUGUGUCCUGUAUUUUUAAUGUUUGAAGUGCCUUAGACUUGCCAUAUUUCUGAAUAAACUGCUUUGUGCUAAUUUGA